AGCUAUAACAUUCAUUGCAGGUUCCGUGGCCCCUGAAGCCUGUGGAAACCCGACGUGUCCACUGCGCACGAUGUAGGGCGCACAGUGCCAACUUUCAGUAUCCCAGUUGUUUUUCAGCCGCCCUAGUGUUCGUACAAGCUGAAAAAUCUUCCCGGUGUUUUGUUGUGUCGCGAUAAAUGCUUUAAGGAACGGCGGUAUGAGGGUAUUAUGGCUGUGCGUGGCAGCCGCGUACAUGGUAGUAUGCAUGGCGGAGCGUGGUGGUUCGUUGCGCGGCGCACUGGAGGCGUUGCAGCGGCGACAACGGGGCCGAAUACAUGUACCAAUUGAACAACCGGACUAUGACACACUCUACGAUUUUGUUCCACCACAAGCCUAUCCUGAGCCUGAUUACACAGUAGACGCUGAAAAUGUUGACGAAGAAACGACUCCAAAGUAUAUUGUUCGAUUGCUAGGUAAUGAAAGACCCUCCGAAGCUUAUGAAUACAAAAUAAUCAAGAAAAAUUCCGCAUAUAGUAAACCUAAUACAAGACAGCUAUCUCCGUUUCGUGAAAGAAGUCAACAUUCAGAUAACAAUAGAUUGAGAGACUUAUUUACGGACAGAAAUAGGGAGGAAGAAGAAGAAGAGAAUGGACACAUUUUAGAAAACGACGGAGAAAAUGACAUCGAAUAUGCUGUCCUUUUAGAUCAACUUUGGUCAAAAUAUAAAAAUAAUCAAGGUCACCUCAAAAGAGAUGAUAACCAUUCUGAAGGAGUAGUCAAAUUGUAUAAAGAUAAAAUUGUGAAAAAGCGAUAUCCUAAUAAUUGGGGUCCUGUAGCUUUUAAAAGGAAGCGAAGUCCAGCAUCCAAUAUGAAUCAAGCAGUACCUGAUAACGAGAGCAUGAGAGAAGAUCAAGGAUUUUUUAAUACGAACUAUAAUUCAUAUGAUAUUUCCAAUAAUGAUGAUGACAAUGACAAAGAUGAUAUGCGAGAAGAAUAUGCUAUAGCCUUCCAACCUCUUGAUGAUGACAGUCUUUCUGAUUUAGCCGAUGAGGAUCAAUAUGCAUAUGAAAACAUUGAAAAACGUUUUCCUGUAACUAAACGAAGCAGUGGAUCUUAUAAUAAUUAUAACAGUCAAAGGAAAAGGUUCGCCCCAAAUCAAAAUAAACACAAUACUAAGACAUUCAGAAACAGUGCAGGAACGGAUCCAAAAAUAAUAGGAGACUUGUCUAAAAUAUUUGGAAAUUCUGAAAGUGACUUUAUUAAAUCCCCCGUAAAACGUAAUACGGACAGUGUUGAAGGCACACAUGAUACAAAACCACCUAUCUUGAUUGUACAUCAAAACUAUACAGAAAACAAUCAAAAUACGACUGUACAUGAUGAUCACAGCACUGAUGAUCAUGGGAGCAAUAUUCAUCCUCCAGGUGUUUUCGGGAAAGAGGAUCACGCUCGUAACGACCAUGGAUUAGACCAUAACCCAGACCAUAGACAUAAUCAUGAUCAAGAUCAACUCCCACACGAUGACGAUAAACAAAAUGAAAAACCAAUUAAAAUAAAAAAGAAAUCUAUCGACUGGUCGGAUUACUUUGGCAUCGACAAAAGGUUUAAAAAGUCAGUUUCUUUUGUUAACAACUUGAAUGAGGAUCGUUUGAAGAAACAAUACUUUGACACUUUCAACAAGGAGGUCAUUUAUCCCUUAAACUCUUUUAGAAAAAAUAAUUAUGCAAAAAGAAGUUAUGUUCAGCCUAAACCUAAUAUGGAAACAGACAUUCAGGUAAAUGAUCAAUCGCACGCUCAAGCGGAAAAAAGAAACUCUGAGACUGACAAUGAAUCAAAAUUGGAUAAUAUUGAUAAAAAAUUAAAAAAUAUGGAAGGUUUGAUAGUUGAUGAAGCAUUACGCUACUCAAAUAUCGAAGAGAUUGACUCUAAAGAAGAACAGGAAAUGAAAGAAAAAUUGCUAACCCAAUUGGCUGCGGCAUACAGCUUAGAAAAAAUGCGAAAAGCAUUAAAGGAAUUUAAACAAAGUUUACAAAUGCAAAAAACAUCUUCUGCUCGUUCUUCUCCUGACAAAAGAGUUGUUAUUAAGAAGGAAAAGGCACUGAUGACUAAUGAUAUCCCGACACAAUCUGAAAAGAUUGAGGACUUUGAAGACGAGCAAGGGGCAGGCCAUUAUUUAAAUGGAAAAAUGGAGGAACAGCUUUCUGAAGGAUACAUGGGAGGUAGUGGAAGUCACCAUAGCCCUGUAAUGUCAACCGUUAGCUCUAUGGGUUCCUGUCCAGUUUUAGCAAAGAUCGUACAAAGAUGCCGAGGGGUGGAUUUAUUAGCUGGAGAUCGAGGUCAACUAUUUCUCCCUCUUUGUAGCUUACACCAAAUUUGUUAUCUUUGCGGUGAAGCACCUCCAACAACGUGCGACUUAGUAUUUCUCUCCGAAGCGGACUCUGCGUGUGAUGGCGAUAUGAGUUGCCAGCGAGCUGCACGUUCUGCCCUCAUGGCUUUGAGAGAAUUACAUGAAAAUUUAGUCGAUGAAUUAGAUGGCGAAUGUGAAGCGAGCCCUUGCCUUCCAGCUACUUUGAAACUCAACCUCGGAUGGCAAAGAGCCCUUCACCGAUAAAAGAAUUUGAAACCGACCUUGCAAAUGAGCCGCUAUGUGCAGAUAUCGCAUCAACUUGUAACGAAGCUCAACGAAUAUGAGUAGUGAAACUCUAUCGUGCUUCUAUUUUACGAUUGUAUUCAUUAAAAUAUUAAUGUCGUAAAUAAUUUAUAAACAUUUUAA